ACUGGAAAGAAAAGGUAAAAAAGAAAAAAAAAGAAAAACAGAAAAAUCCUCCGGAAUUUCGCUCCCUCCUUCCUCCCCUCUGGCCGGAAGCGAAGGAAAAAAAAAAUCGAAAAAGAAAAAACCCUAAAACUCCCCCUUCUCUCUCUCUAUCGCGCUCGCUGGUGGUCCGUGCUGGUGCCCGUGCGCGAAAAUCUGGUCCCUUCGCUCUAGCUCUUUCGCUCCUUCGUCUUCACUCGAUUUCGAUCGCUUUUUUUGCUGUGGUGUGCCUAGGGUUCCGGCUCUGCGGUUGGGGGCGCGGGCGGGCGGGGGCGGUUCGCGAGGUCGAUGUGAAGAUCGGCCCGUCCGGGAGCGGGGACAGUCGGUUCGAUUUUUCUCGGGCGGUUUUUUCGAGCGGGGGGAAUCGCGAGAGGAGGCCAGCCAUGUCGUCGUCGUCGUCGGAUAGGGAGCUGGAGGAGCAGCUGGCGGAGGCCGGGCGGAUUCUGCUGGAGCCGCCGCCCGCCGUGGACGAGCUCCUGCCCCUUCUCGACCGAGUUGAAACUUAUCUCUCGAGAGUAGAACAAUCUCCAAGCAAAUCAAUGCAAAAGGCGCUUAGUUCGUCGCAGAAGGCAUUAGUGGAAGAUGGACUUUUCAGGCAUGCAGAUGUUGAUGUUAGAGUUGCUGUUGCCUCAUGCAUUAGCGAGAUAACAAGGAUCAGUGCACCAGAGGCUCCCUAUGAUGAUGACCAAAUGAAGGAAGUAUUCCAGUUAAUCGUGUCAUCCUUUCAGAAUCUCUCUGAUAAGUCAAGCCGAUCAUAUGUGAAAAGGGCCUCAAUUUUGGAAACUGUUGCAAAGGUCAGGUCCUGCGUUGUGAUGCUGGACCUCGAGUGUGAUAACCUGAUACUGGAAAUGUUCGAGCAUUUCUUAAAGGAAAUAAGGGAGCACCAUCCAGAAAAUGUCUUUACAUCAAUGGAGACAAUUAUGACACUGGUUAUAGAAGAAAGUGAAGAUAUUUCACCAGAGCUUCUCUCUCCUGUCUUAGCCAGUGUAAAAAAGGACAAUGAGGAUGUGCUUCCUAUUGCAAAGAAGCUUGGAGAGAAAGUGCUUGAGAAGUGUGCCGUGAAACUGAGACCUUACCUGGCCCAAGCAUUGAAAUCAUCCGGUGUUGUUUUAGAUGAUUAUAGUAAAGUAAUUGCUUCCAUAUGUCAAGACUCAAAUGGUGCAGCUGAGGAAACCAAUGUCCAUGAUGAUAUGGAAAAAGAGAGGUUAGCUGAAGAGCCUUCAACUCAAGAUGUUCCUGCACCUGGUGAAUCUCCAAAAACAGUUGUGAACAAUGGUUCGACCCAGCUGGACAAAGAUGAUUCUUCGGUAGAUCCUGUGUCUUUGAAUAAGGAAGAAGAAAAUAAGGAGAGUGCACCCAAAACCACUGAUGCAUCGAGCAAUGGUGACCUUGAUCAAUUGGACAACAAGAAGGCACAGAAAGAAGAAUCCAAGCCAGAACCAGCUAAGAAGAAAAGAGGAAGGAGAACUAACAUGUCAUCUAGAUCUGCGAAGCCAUCCAACAUUGCUCGGGUUGAUGACAAGGAUGCUGAAAUAGUGAAAGACACUGAGAAAGAACCUGGCAAUGAUGCUCCAAGUCUGCCUGAUGAAGAUCUUAAAUGUGAGGCAAAAAUACCGUCGCAAAGUGAAAAGGAGGGCGUGUCUGAGCCAUCUACUGAUAAAGUGGCUGAUGAUGAGUCCAAGGAUGAUGAGUCCAAACAUGAUGAGUCCAAGGUCUCUGCUUUGCCUCCCUUAACUGAGGAGAUACCUGAUAAAAGUCAGCCCCAGGAAGCUGGAUCACCAAAGGAUAAAGAGGAUUCAGCUGAAGAAGUGAAACCAUCUUCUGUUGACAUUUCCAAAAAAGAAUCUGCAGGAACGGCUGGUCUUCAAGUAGAAACAGAUACGAAAAGAGUGGAUGAUAGCACUGAUGAUGUGUCCAGCAAGGAGAGAACUAUAACUGUGGAGGAAAUGUCCAAGGAAGAUGAUGCAACCAGUGGAUCAGAUGUAAAAAUGUUGAAGCAGCCAGAGAAGAAAGUGAAUGCAAGCACCAGCAGUGGGGAAGGUAUCUCUAGAAAGAAGCCAGAGGACAGAAGGAAGAACACCAAAAGUAGAUUGGCUUCUGAGAAGAAUGUCAAGAAAUCUACUGGGAAACCCGAGAAGAAGGGAACUCCUUCCUCCCCUAAGGGGGUGAAAAAACCAGUUAAAGAUGAGAAGUAUCUGGGUGAGACCUCUAAGGACAACUUCAAGAGGAAGCGUAGUUCAGGCAAAGAGGAGGUGUCCCAGGAUUCUGACGCUAAGAAUUAUGGAGCGGAUCUGAUUGGCUUGAAGAUUAAAGUUUGGUGGCCUCUUGAUAAACAAUACUACGAAGGUGUCGUUAAGGCUUUUGAUAGUGUGCGAAAGAAGCAUAAGGUUAUCUAUGAGGAUGGUGAUAUGGAGAUAUUAAAUCUUGAGGAAGAGAAAUGGAAGUUUGUUGGAAGGUGAUUUUGAAGAUAAGGACCAGGUUGCUGACCGUGAUAGUUCGGAUGCUUCACCAGAAAUGCCUCUGAAGAAAAAGGCAAAACUGAAGCCUGGGCUGGCUUCAGCGAAGAAAGUGAAGAUGGAUAUGUCAUCAAAGAAGAGUGGAGGUGUUUCUUCUGGCAAAUCCAAAGCUCCCGCUGCUACAACAUCUGGUCACAAG